AAAGAACUAUCUUCCUUCCUCUAUAAAUUUUAGGUCUGUCUAGGGAAGACUAUAUGUCGUAGGACUUGAGUAGUCCCAGUGACUUGAAACAAAUCAUGUCAAAGCAACCUGGACUCACCACAAAGAGAAGAUGUCCUUACUCUCUUCCAUCAUCAACAACUCAACAGGAUUAAAGCCACAUCAACCACUGAUCAUCCUUCAGUCGUCUUCCGCACAGACAUGUUAUCCUAUCUUGAGGAAUCUGAUCUCAAAAUUUAAACCGACUACCCAGACACUGUUGUUUUGUUUCUUGCAUUCACCAUCGAACUUGACAAAUAUCGACGAGGCUCCAAAUAUCAUUACGUUCGAUUUCACUGGGCGAAUUCCCGGCUAUGACGAUCUGUGGUGUGGUCUCCAGGACGAGAUACUAGCUCGCAUCAAUUCUGUACCCCCGGGAUCACUGAAUGUGAUCAUUGACUCGGUGGAUACAUUGACAUCAGACCUCGGAUCUACACCAAAAGCUUACAAGUUCAUUCGGACACUCCUUGGGCUAGUUACGACUCGUUCUGAACCUUCGAUCCUCGCGUUACACCUCCAGCCCAGCCCUAUUCUCGAACUACUGACUCAAACUUCCCUAUCACCAACGCUUAUGCAUCUGACUGCGCAUCCCCCAGCCAUCAUCACGCACAUCGCCUCUGCAUAUCUUACACAUCCUCCACCAGCUGGUCCGGCAGAGAAAUUCUGGAGUGUCUUCAUCCCCUUCUCUGAGCGUACACAUGAAAGCGAGCGCCUGGUUUAUGACCUUGACGGCAAUGGGACGAGUGCCGGUGCGUGGGUGAGCAAGGGCACGAGGGAAUUCGUCGUGGAGGUCUUUAUUAGGGUUGGGAGCAAGCGUGGUGUAGAAAGGACUGUCGAGGGCUGGAAAGGAGACGUCCCGUGCGAGCUGCAAGCUCUUGAAAGCCUGACAAGUAUUUGGACCAGGAGAAAACCUGAGGAGGCUCGACCGGAUCCAACGCAGAACGUAUCGUUCAAUCUAAAUCUUACGCCGUCGCAGGAAAAAUCGCGAGCCCAAGUCCCUCUACCUUAUGCACACGAAGGUGGUGCUCCAUUUCUCUAUGCUUCACGUCAUUUUAAUCUCGACUUCAGGCAACCCUAUCACAACAUCUGGAGCGAUUCUAUAUGACCCUGAUUCUGCCGAUGAUAUCGAUGACGAUGAUCCGGAUGAGGAUUUGGAUAUAUAGCAGAUCUCCAUAAGCGUACGCCACAUUUGUGACAACGCCAGAACUGUUGUCCUGAUGCAAUAGUACUUCCAUGACGUCAAGAAGAAACUGAGUAGAUGUGAGACAGCCGUUGGUCCUGUUAGCAAUCCAUAAUCCAGUCUCCUUUUUUCU